AUGUGGCAGGAGGUAAUGUUCAUUGACAUUUUCUGGUCCUAUCUAAUGUCACAGUGUCCGGAGGCAGAGGGUUGCCAUUUACUGUAUGCCAGGCAGGAGGAUUCAAAACACGUGCUUGCAAUUUUCAGUGAUAUAUAGGGUAUAAAUGAACUGAACUGACUGAACUCACAACUGCUGUCUUACAAGGUGUCCUUAAAUGGCCCGUUGAUCAUCCUGAGCAUCAAUCCUCUCAACUACUGUGCUUGUGCUUUUAUCGCUUGUCCAGAGGAGAUCGGCAGCACAUAUUCUCUUCUUUGCCUUCUGUGUGCACUUUUCCUCUAAAUGUUUUCUCUCUCUCUCUCUCUCUCUCCUCUCCUCUCUCUCUCAUCUCUCCUCUCUCUCUCUUCUCUCUCUCUCUCUCUCUCUUCUCUCUCUCUCCUCUCUUCCUCCUCUCUCUCUUCUCUCUCUCUCUCUCUCUCUGUCUGUCUCUCAGCAGGCUAACAGUGGUGAUCUGAACAGUCUGAGGAAGGGUCUGUCUCUCUACCACUCUGAGUCUCAGCUCUCAUCUCUCACACAGUACCAGCAGGACGCUCUGCAGAAUGUAUGUAUGGUUUGCUCCUGGUGUGUAUGUGUGUGUGUGCAGGGAUCGAAUAUGCGACAAAAUAUUCUGCUGGGCAACUAUAAUUUUUUAAAUUAUUGUAAUGAUUAGGCUUUGCUUUACCGCAGCCUCCAAGUGCCAUAGAGUCCUCUCUCUCCCUCCACGGCUGCUUGCUUCCAGCCAACGCACACCAAGCUCCGCCCCCUGUCACUCAAGCAGGCAACACACAGUUCCUCCACGCUGUUUAUUCUCUCAGCAUGCUGUCAAUUCAUGCACUCAAGACAUACACUCCAUGACCAAAAGUAUGUGGACAUCUGCUCAUCGAACAUCUCAUUCCAAAAUCAUGGGCAUUAAUAUGGAAUUGGUCCCCCCUUUGCUGCUAUAACAGCCUCCAUUCUUCUGGGAAGGCUUUCCACUAGAUGUUGGAACAUUGCUGAAGGGAUUUUCUUCCAUUCAGCCACAAGAGCAUUAAUGAGGUUGGGCACUGAUGUUGGGUGAUUAGGCCUGGCUCGCAGUCGGCGUUCCAAUUCAUGCCAAAGGUGUUCGAUGGGGUUGAAGUCAGGGCUCUGUGCAGGCCAGUCAAGUUCUUCCACACUGAUCUCGACAAACCAUUUCUGUAUGGACCUCGCUUUGUGCAUGGGGCAUUGUCAUGCUGAAACAGGAAAGGGCCUUCCCUAAACUGUUGCCACAAAGUUGGAAGCACAGAAUCGUCUAGAAUGUCAUUGUAUGCUGUAGCUUCACUGGAACUAAGGGGCCUAGCCCGAACCAUGAAUAACAGCCCCAGACCAUUAUUCAUCCUCCACCAAAACUUUACAGUUGGCACUAUGCAUUGAGGCAGGUAGCGUUCUCCUGGCAUCCGCCAAACCCAGAUUCGUCAGUCAGACUGCCAGAUGGUGAAGCGUGAUUCAUCACUCCAGAGAACAUGUUUCCACUGCUCCAGAGUCCAAUGAUGACGAGCUUUACACCACUCCAGGCGAUGCUUGCCAUGGCACAUGGUGAUAUUAGGCUGGUGUGCAGCUGCUCAGCCAUGGAAACCCAUUUCAUGAAGCUCCAGACGAACAGUUAUUGUGCUGACAUUACUUCUAGAGGCAGUGUGGAACUCGGUAGUGAGUGUUUGGCGCUUCAGCACUCGGUGGUCCUGUUCUGUGAGCUUGUGUGGCCUACCACUUCGCGGCUGAGCCCCUGUUGCUCCUAGAUGUUUCACUUCACAAUAACAGCACUUACAGUUGACCGGGGCAGCUCUAGCAGGGCCGAAAGUUGACGAACUGACUUGUUGGAAAGGUGGCAUCCUAUGACGGUGCCUCGUUGAAAGUCACUGAGCUCUUCAGCAUGGCCAUUCUACUGAUAAUGUUUGUCUAUGGAGAUUGCAUGGCUGUGUUCUCGAUUUUAUACACCUGUCAGCAAUGGGUGUGGCUGAAAUAGCCGAAUCCACAGAUUUCAAGGGGUGUCCACAUACUUUUGUAUAUAUAGUGUAUCUUCUUCCAAAACAAGAACGAUGCUGCUUUCCACAUUGCUGCUAAAUAUGAAUCCAGUUUUUUUUUCUAUUGUACUAGUCGUUUGGUAUUUUGAUCUCUGCAAAAUGUGAGUUAGUCUAAGGAAGCUGGCAUGUGCCAAACAUUGUGCUAAUGCUAAUCGCUAACUAGCUAAAGGCUGGUGGUGUAGAUCAGCAUGUUGUUUGUGCAACAGCAUGUUCUGAAUCAGAUAGCCUAUUCUAAAAUCUUUGUCUAAAUGUAACAUCUGUUCAAACGUGACUAGGGUCCCCUGGGAAACACUGAUCAACACUUUGGUUCCUACCCUGUCAUAACGCCUACUUGGCUUUUUCAUUUUCUGUAUUACAAACAACAACAACCAUAGAAUUAGAAUAAUCAUUCCAACAGUUCACCGAAGUGUUUUUAUCUAUAUUGCAAGUUAAAUCGCAAUAUUUGGUUGAACUAUCACAAUUUGUUUUUUGCCCAUAUUGUGCAGCCCUACUAACUUUACCUGUAUAUGCAAACACUUAGGGGGUUGAGGGGCAGCUCUCGGGGAACUGUGGGGGGAUCUUGGAGGGUUGGUGGCCUGAUGGUUGGGAGCUUGGGCCGGUGGUUGAGGGGCAGCUCUCGGGGAACUGUGGGGGGAUCUUGGAGGGUUGGUGGUUGGGAGCUUGGGCCGGUGGUUCGGGUCCCCGUUUUGACUUGGUGGGAGACCUGCCGACGUGCCCUUGGGCAGGGCGUUGACCCUGGUUGCUUCUGUGGGUCGCUCUGGAUGGGAGUCUGUUAGAUGACUUAAUGUAAUGUAAAUGCUGAGCGGCUUCUCUGCAGGUAGAUUGUAUGUUUUAAUAUUGAAUAAAAAAGAAAAGAAAAAUAAGGAUAAAAAAAACAACACACUUUGUGGCAUGGAAAGAAAGGAAAAGUGAUAUCUUCUUCAUUAGAUGUGCUUCAAAAGUAAUUAGGAUUAAUAUAGGCCCAAUGUAGGCUAUAUCUGAAUCAAUAAAAAAAACAUUCUGGUGCUCUUGAAUUUGAUGUGGUGCUCCUAACUUCUGUAAAUCUGGAGCACCAGUGCUACCAAUGAAUGUUUUUGUUUGUUGAGAUUUUAAUUAAACAACAGUUAGCGGUCGUCGUGCUAGCGGUCACCGUAGCAGCGGUCACCGAAGCAGAGGUCGCUGUGGCAGCGGCAUAGGAUUGUUGUUUUAUGUUCUCCCUCCGGCUGAUAAGGGUCAUGGUCAGGGGUCAUGGUCUGUCAGGAAAGAUCAAAACCAACAGGGAAAAGACACACACACGGGGGGCACAUUCAAAAGGAGAGAGAGAGGCUUAGAUAUGUGGAUUCUUACAGAGUUGAAACCAAUCCACAGAUUUCUAUUUUACCCCUAAAUUUGUACUCUCUUCCUCUCAUCGUGGCCAUAACUCCUUUGAAGUGCUUUAAGAGUUUCCCUCUCUCCAGAAAUGAGCUGGUCUGUGGCUGACCUCAGUAUAAUUUCACAGACCUGCUUUGAACUGGACUUUCAAACACUUCAGUUUCAAACACUCUCCAGUCUUUCUUCCAUUCCACUCUAGCUCUCUCUCUUUUUCCUUAUUGCCACCUACCUCCCUCUUGUCUCCAUCUCCAUCUCCCUCUCUCUCUCUCUCUCUCUCUCUCUCUCUCUCUCUCUCUCUCUCUCUCGCUAUCUCUCUCUCUCUCUUCUACAGCCCUGAGACUUCACCUGUCUCUCUAUUGGUUCCGUGUUUAACCAGAGGACAUCACCCCUGCCCCCUCCUCCCCCACCUGGCCCUGCUCUUGACAGCGGAGAGAAACAUUUCAGGCUUAAAGCAAGUUUUCUGCAGUUGUAGACAUUUUGCCAUGGGGCGGAGAAAAUGUUGGCAAUGUUAUUUAUGAAAUUCUGCUCAUUUCACCAUGGGGCAGACAUACUUUUAUUUGUUGCAGUUUUACAGCUAAUUUCCUGUAAUUCUACCCAUUUUGCCAUGCGGUGAAGAUAAUUCCUGAUGUACAACCAAAUUUAAACCUUGCACCUUGUGUAUUCUACUAUUCUAACUCUCAACAGGAAGUUGAGACCCCAAAUGUUUUAAAAAGAAAACCUAGCAGCCUGGCUACCUAAGCGACCGCUUAUGUCGCUUAUGCCUGGAGCCGGCCCUGGACGUCCCUUUGAGACCACUAAUUAAAUUAGCAUCCCUCCUUUCAGAAGGGCAAAUACUCCCUCUGUUCUUUCCCUCUCUUUCAUCCUGCAAUUUUCAUCCCCCUUUCCAGCUCUCACCUUGGCGUGGAGAGGAGAAGAGGGCAGGGAGAGUACAUAUGAGACUGGGAAGGUGAGGAGAGAUGUGAGGAAGGAAGGAAAAGAGACUAAAGGAGAGAGGUGGGGAGGAUGAGAGAGCAGUGGAGAGGGAGAGAGAGUUAGACCCAACCAAAUCAUGAGAAAACAAAAAGAGAAUUACUUGACACAUUGGAAAGAAUUAACAAAAAAACAGAGCAAACUAGAAUGCUAUUUGGCCCUAAACAGAGAGUACACAGUGGCAGAAUACCUGACCACUGUGACUGACCCAAACUUAAGGAAAGCUUUGACUAUGUACAGACUCAGUGAGCAUGGCCUUGCUAUUGAGAAAGGCCGCCGUAGGCAGACCUGGAUCUCAAGAGAAGACAGGCUAUGUGCACACUGUCCACAAAAUGAGGUGGAAACUGAGCUGCACUUCCUAACCUCCUGCCAAAUGUAUUACCAUAUUAGAGACACAUAUUUCCCUCAGAUUACACAGAUCCACAAAGAAUUUGAAAACAAACCCAAUUUUGAUAAACUCCCUUAUCUUCUGGGUGAAAUACCACAGUGUGCCAUCACAGCAGCAAGAUUUGUUACCUGUUCCCACAAGAAAAGGGCAACCGGUGAAGAAACAAACACCAUUGUAAAUACAACCCAUAUUUAUGUUUAUUUAUUUUCCCAUUUGUACUUUAACUAUUUGCACGUGGUUGCAACACUGUAUAUAGCUAUAAUAUGACAUUUGAAAUGUCUUUAUUCUUUUGGAUCUUCGGAGUGUAAUGUUUACUGUUAAUAUUUAUUUUAUUGAGUAGAGAGAGAGAAAGAGAGGCGAGGGAGAGAGAGGAGAGAGGAUAAGGAGAAAAAGGAGAGGAAACAGAGGAGAGUCUAGUUUAGCUAAUCAGUGUUCUGAUUGGUCCUGAUAAAAGACCUCUGCAGUCGUCGUGGUAACCACUAACCACUCAGGUACUCUUCAUCCACAGGACGGAGAAAACAAUUAAGAGUGUGUGGCGUGGGCUACAGCCUGUGUUUGUGUGUGUGUGUGUGUGUUUGUAUGUGUGUGUGUGCCUGUGUGUGUUCUGGAGUGAGAGACAUACAUACUCUAGACUCCUAUCCUGAUUAGCAUGGCUUUGAACUCUCACUUCAAACACACAGGAGGUGAUGCUUUGAAUAAUGCAAAAUCACACUCUCUCUCUCUCUCCCUCUCUCUCUUAUUUAACCAGGUAAGUUGACGGAGAACACAUUUUCAUGUACAGCAACGACCUGGAGAAUAGUUACAGGGUAGGGGAUGAAUGAGCCAAUUGGAAGCUGGGGAUGAUUAGGUGGCCAUGAUGGUAUGAAGGCCUGAUUGGAAAUUUUGCCAGGGCACUGGGGUUAACAGCUCUGCAGGGUGGUAUGCUGCUGGCUCUCUCUCUCACGUUAUGUCACAUUCCCCUCAAAAAAUGACAUAGCCUGAUGUACACUUUAUUCAGGGUUCUUCAAUUCCGGUCCUGGAGGGCCGAAACACUUCUGUUUUUUAUUUCUACCUGGUAGUCCCAGGUCUGAAUUAGCCCCUGAUUAGAAGGAGAGGAUGAAAAACAGAGGUGUUUCGGCCCUCCAGGACCGGAAUUGAAGAACCCUGCUUUAUAUGGUGGGUGGAUAUUUUUUUGUGUGAUCCCCAUCAGCUGCUGCCAAGACUCUUCCUGGAGUCCAAACACAGUAAGGCACUUACAUCACACAAAAAACGUAAAUAAAACAAUACUUCAUAUAACAUUAUUACACCACUACAUAUAUCUACAAUACAAUAUGUAUAAUACCAUCAUACAACAAUAUUACAAUGUACGUGUGUGUAGAGUGCGUGUGCCAGCGUGUGUGUGUGUAUGCAUGUGUGUGUGCCUGGGUGUGUGUGUCUCUUCACAGUCCGUGUUGUUCCAUAAGGUGUAGUUUUAUCGUUUUUAAAAAAUCAGAUUUUACUGCUUGCAUGAGAUACUUGAUGCGGAAUAGAGUUCCAUGUAGUCAUGGCUCUAUGUAGUACUGUGCGUUUCCCAGAGUCUGUUCUGGACUUGAGGACUGUGAAGAGACCCCUGGUGGCAUGUCUUGUGGGUUAUGCAUGGGUGUCUGAGCUGUGUGCUAGUUGUUUGAACAGACAGCUCAGUGCUUUUAGCAUGUCAAUACCUAGUAGUGGUGAUGCAGUCAAUCUCUCCUCUACGUUAAGCCAGGAGAGAUUGACAUGCAUUCCAUUGAUGUUAGCUCUCAGUGUACAUUUAAGGGCCAGCCAUGCUGCUCUGUUCUGGGCCAACUGUAAUGUAUUUGCCUAUGUCCUUCUUUGUGCCACUUGACCAUACGACUGGGCAGUAGUCCAGGUGACAUAAAACUAGGGCUUGUAGGACUUGUUUUGUUGAUGAUAGCAAUGUAAAGAAAGCAGAGCAGCUCUUUAUUACGGACAGACCUCUCCCCAUCUUAGCUACCAUUGCAUCAAUAUGUUUUGACCAUGACAUUUUAUAAUCCAGGGUUACACCAAGCAGUUUUAGUCUCUUCAACUUGUCACUCUCGAUCCACGAUAUAGCAGGGGAUGUAAAGCCAUAACACGUACGUUUUUCCAGCAGCAGACUAUGAUCGAUAAGGUCAAAAGCUGCACUGAAGUCUAACAAAACAGCUCCCACAAGCUUCUUAUUAUCAAUUUCUGUCAGCCAAUCAUCAGUCAUUUCUGUAAGUGCAAUACAUUUCCUAUACUGUAAGCAUGCUGAAAGUCAGUUGUUAAUUUGUUUACUGUGAAACAUCUUUGUAUCUUGUCAAACACCAUUCUUUUUCAAAAGUAUACUAUGGGUUGGUAGCAGGCUGAUUGGUGGGCUGUUUGAGCCAGCCAAAGGGUGCUUUGCUAUUCUUGGGUAGCAGAAUGAUUUUUGCUUCCCUCCAGGCCUGAGGACAAACACUUUCCUGUAGGAUUAGAUGGAAGAGAUGGCAAAUAGAAGUGGCAAUACAGUCCGCUAUCAUCCUCAGUAAUUUUCCAUCCAAGUUGUCAGACCCAGGUGCCUUGUCAUUGUUGAUAGACAACAAUAAUUAUUUCACCUCUUCCAGACUUCCUUUACGGAAUUCAAAUUACAAUGCAUGUCUUUCAUAAUUUGGUCAGUUAUGAAUGGAUGUGUAGGUUCAGAGUUUGUUGUUGGCAUGUCAUGCUAAUUUUGCCAAUGAAAGAAUAAUUAAUGUAGUUGGCAAUAUAAGUGGGUUUUGUGAUGAAUCAGCCAUCUGAUUCAAUGAAGGAUGGAACUGAGUUUGCCUUUUUGCCCAUAAUAUUUUUACUAUUAUUCUUUAUAUUAUUCUUUAUAUUUGCUUAUUGUUUGACAUAACUUGUGUGUUACUUCAAAAAGCCUUGCCAAGGGCUACCUGUGAUGGGUAGAGAGCGAGCCCACUGGGCAAAAACUGGUUGAAUCAAUGUGAUGACGUUGAAUCAACGUUAAAAAACGUAUUUGGAUUUGAAAAAUGCAAUCAACGUAAGGGGAUUUUGUUUUUUUUACCCAACUUUAAACCGAAAUCCAAUGACAUGGUGAAAUUUUUAAUUGAUUUCACCAAAUCUAAAUCAAAAAUAGACGUUGAAAUGACAUCUGUGCUGAGUGGGAGGGUACAUAUUGUAGAGGGGGUCGCCCCCACCCCCUACACCCCCCUACAGCCGUCACAAGCAAAAAUAUGCCCAGCGAUCGUGAUCACACCUUUGUAGCACUGACUGAGGCAAAGUCACGACUUUCUCACAUAACAAGAGCAAUCAAUCAAAUGCCAAAGUCAAUCAAAAUUCUUUCAGACACAGAAGCAGUUUCAAUGUCCUUUUAAAUCAGUGAUUCUCUAUCUUAUAAAAAUGGUUGGUUGUAAAUAUGUGUCCUUUAGAACCUCUCUUUAUGUUUUCUUUUAGACUUUCUUAUCAUCUUUGCUACGUCCUGAAUGACACCCUAUUCCCUACAUCAGUGUUUCCCAACCCUGGUGGUCCUCGAGUACCCCCAACAGUACACAUGUUUAUUGUAACCUUGGACAAGCACACCUGAAUCAACUUGUCAACUAAUCAUCAAGCCCUCAAUGAGCUGAAUGAGGUGUGUUUGUCCAGGGCUACAAUGAAAAUAUGUACUGUUGGGGGUACUCGAGGACCAGGGUUGGGAAACACUGCCCAACAUAGUGCACUACCUUUGACCAGAGGCAUAUGGGCCCUGGUCAAAAGUAGUGCACUAUACAGGGAAUAGGGUGCCAUUUGGGACACACAUAAGUGUGGUGUGUCUGUCUCAGUGUUCUCUGAGUAUUGAUACUGGGUAUUGAUACCAACUCUGUAAUGUUAGACUGGCAGCCCGAUCAGGUUCACUUCCUUCCUCUUCUAUAAUGCCUCUACAGCAGGUGCCUACACCAUUGACUAUGGGCCUGUUGUUAUUGCACUCUCAGCUUUAUGUGUGUGUCGCUCACACUCCGGUCACAAUCUUCCUCUUCUUCUUGCUCUUCCUCUUGCUGCUCUCUCUCUCUCUCUCUCUCUCUCUCUCUCUCUCCUCUCUCUCUCUCUCUCUCUCUCUCUCUGCUCAGGGGCACCAGUGUUGGAAUGCUGGUUGGGAUUGUUGAGGAUUUAACGCUAGAGUGGUGCUCAAAAGGCUGUGACUGAGCAAAGCUGGGAUAGAACCAGAGAUAGGGAUAACUAAGUGCUUGGACAGUGAGAGCUGGGAAUGGGCUGUAUAGAGAUCGAAUAAGAUAGAGCCUGGAUAGAUAGGGCCCCUGCUCCUCUCUCUCAACGACCUCUUUGUGCAUCAGCUGUGACCCAGAGAUGGAGAGACACAAGAGAGAUGAAAGUUUGACCAGGGUCAGGGAAGACCAGGGGAGAUGAGAGUUAUAAUGAGCUGAUUAAACCAGGGAUUUAACCUCCUUUAGGGGUCUGGGUCAGUGAACUAUAGUAGCCCAGAGAGAGAGAGGGGAGGUGGGGGGGAUUCAUUUAGAUUACGCACAUCUCUGCUCUGAUUAACAUGAUGGUGUGUUUGCAUGUGUGUGUAUGAAAGAGAGAGAGAAAAAAAGAGAGGGAAAAUAAAGUAUGUCUGUGACCACUCUGACCAUCUCUCCCUUCCUCUCUCCAGGGCUCUGGUAGGACCCCUAGUGGUGAGCCGUCCUCCCCAGCAGACUACCUCCCUGUGGGCCAGAAGCCCGAGGCUGUGGUCCAUGCUAUGAAGGUGCUUGAGGUGCAUGAGAACCUAGAGAAGAAGAUCCCUGAAGACUAUGACAAGGACCUCAGUGAAAAGGAGAAGGCCAUCGUCAGGGAAAUGUGUAACGUAAGGAACACUCUCUCGCUCCUCCCUCACACAUUACCUUUCUCGCCCCCCCCCUCUCUCUCUCUCCUUCUCUCUUUCCCUUUCUUCUCCUCUCUUCCUCUCUCCAUCUCCUAUCCCAAAAAGCUAAUAAUGAGAGCUUGAUGAAGAUACGAGGGGCUAUCGAGUUGCAGCUCUCUCUCUCUCUCUCUCUCCUUCCUAUUUAUGUUUGCUUGUCAGAAUCACAAGCCUGCCAUCGCUUUGACGGAGGGCAGUGUUUCAAUUAUUGCACAAUUACCCUCCCUCCCUCCCUCCAUCUCACCUCUCCUCCCCCUCUAACCCCCUGGCUCCCCUCUGCUUUAAUUGGAGGAUCACAUAAAGGAGUCGUAGUAUUUAUGACGCACUUCUCUGCACAAUUAAAAAAACUUCACUGGGAGAAACAAUGGAAGCUCCUAUUGGGGCCUUUUAAGCCUCCGAGCUCUAUACUCCGUGCUAUAUACAGUGCCUUCGGAAAGUAUUCAGACCCCUUUACUUUUUCCACAUUUUGUUACGUUACAGCCUUAUUCUAAAAUGGGUUAAAUAAAAUAAUUUCCUCAGCAAUCUACACACAAUACCAAAUAAUGACAAAGCAAAAACAGGUAUUCAGACCCUUUGCUAUGAGACUCGAAAUUGAGCUCAGGUGCAUCCUGUUUCCAUUGAUCAUCCUUGAGAUGUCAAACGUCACAUCUGGAGGAAACCUGGCACCAUCCCUACGGUGAAGCAUUGUGGUGGAGGGGGAUGUUUUUCAGCGGCAGGAACUGGGAGACUAGUCAGGAUCGAGGCAAAGACGAACAGAGCAAAGUACAGAGAGUUCCUUGAUGAAAACCUGCUCCAGAGCACUCAGGACCUUCCAACAGGACAACGACCCUAAGCACACAGCCAAGACAACGCAGGAGUGGCUUCGGGACAAGUCUCUGAAUGUCCUUGAGUGGCCCAGCCAGAGCCCGGACCUGAACCCGAUCUACCAUCUCUGGAGAAACCUGAAAAUAGCUGUGCAGCAACGCUCCCCAUCCAACCUGACAGAGGUUGAGAGGAUCUGCAGAGAAGAAUGGGAGAAACUCCCUAAAUAGAUAUGUGCCAAGCUUGUAGCGUCAUACCCAAGAAGACUCGAGGCUGUAAUCAUUGCCAAAGGUGCUUCAACAAAGUAAUGAGAAAGGGUCUGAAUACUUAUGUAAAUGUGAUAUUUCAGUUUUAAAAAAUUUUUUUUGUAUACAUUUACAAACAUUUCUAAAAACCUGUUUUUGCUUUGUUAUGGGGUAUUGUGUGUAGAUGUAAUCAAUUUCAGAAUAAGGCUGUAACCUAACAAAAUGUGGGAAAUGUCAAGGGGUCUGAAUACUUUCCGAAGGCACUGUAAACCUCCCAGGCCUAGGAUAGGGCAGGAUAGGGCAGGAUAGGAUAGGAUCGGAAGGGUAGGAGGAUAGGACUAUGGGAUAGAAGCUACAGGCCCACCAUUCUCUCAUCUUAACAUCCCCCUUCCGCUCAAAAUGGCAUCCUAUUUCCUUUAUAGUGCACUACUUUUGACUAGAGCCGAUAGGGUUAGUGUAAUAUAAAAGGAAUAGGGUACCAUUUGGGACACAACCAUACAGCUUGUGACAGUGGAGUGGGGUGCUCUGGGACCAGUAUGAUAACACUUUUCUCACAGGGACGACCCCAGGCCCUUCUAGUCUUUCAGCACUAAGCAAUGCCUGUUGGUUUUUCCAUGCAGAGCUCUGUACAUGAAAGAGACACAGAGAACAUGGAGGCACAACGCAACCAUUUAAAGUAUCCCAUCAACCAUAAAGAGAUAAAUACACCAACAUCCUUGUCACUAAUGAGGUAUACGUUACAUGAUCCAUCUCGAAGUUGGGAGUUAUGUAUUUUAGAACUGUUGUGUGCUCAGAUUAUGUGGAACAUACAUUUUUGUAGACUGCUAUUGGUUGGCUAGAUUUAUGGAUUCCAGUCUCUGUGACCUCCCUUUGUAGACCCCAACAACACACAGGUCAUAAUAAAAUGUUACAGUGUAUUCAAACCUUAUUAGUAUAAUUAGUACUAACCGUCCCUUCCACCUGGCAUUUCUAGAGACCCUCACUCAUCUUAAGGGGCUGGAUAUACUGUAGAUAGUAUAUCCAUUGUAUGACAACGUUGUGUAACAGUGUUUUGUGUCCCCCCUCUCUUUCCUGUCCUGUGUUGUGUUCUCAGGUGGUGUGGCGUAAACUGGGUGACGCUGCGGGCUCCAAACCUUCUAUCCGCCAGCAUCUCUCUGGGAACCAGUUCAAAGGGCCUUUGUAG